UCCGGCUCCUGGCGGCGGGUCCGCCGAUACCGGGGAGGAAACGCACCCGGGGCUGCGGGGAGCGCGGCCACGGGGGCACCUGAACCCGAGGACGCGGCAGGUGAGGGCCUCUGGAGCUUGCCAGGCGCGCCGGGGUCCCUGCGGGAGCGGGCUCCACGGCCGGGCGUAUCUCGGGCCUGGGAAGAACCGGAACGUUUCCCCCCAGCGUCGGUCUGCGGCUUUCCGGGCUCUGGACUACAUUUCCCGUCGGCCUCCGCGUCCAGGCUCGUAGCCCCCGGGUAUGUGGACCCCUUAGCUCGGCCAUCUCAGGACUCUGCCCUUCCCCAAGAGAGGAACCUGGAGGAGGACCCAUCAGCCCAUGAAAUUCUAAAAGUCAUGUCCCUUGAGUCAGACUUGUUCAGGGAUGUGGCCAUAGUCUUCUCCCAAGAAGAAUGGGAACAGCUUGCACCCGCUCAGAGGGAUUUGUACAGAGACGUGAUGUUGGAGACCUAUAGCAACCUGGUCUCACUGGGUCUUGCCAUCGCCAAACCUGAUGUGAUCUCCUUCCUGGAGCAAGGCAAAGAGCCCUGGGUGGUAGAGAAAAUGUCCAGAGGAGGCCUGUGUCCAGUGCUGGAGUCCAGGUAUGAUACCAAGGUAUCCUCUCCAGAGCAGCAUAUUUAUGAAAUACAGUCGCCACAGUGGGAGAUAAUGGAAAGCCUCACAAGUUACGGUCUUGAGUGCUCAAGGUUCCAAGAUGAUUGGGAAUAUAGAAGCCAGUUUGACAAACAACAGGGAAAUCCAGAUGGACAUUUGAGUCAAAUGAUAAUCAAUCAUGAAGAAAAAGCCACUUUAAACCAACAAGGAUCAUUUCCUUUUUAUCAGAAAACUCAUCGUGGAGAAAAACCCUAUGAAUAUAACGAAUGUAGAAAAGACUUCUGGCAGGAGGACUUCCUUAUUAAUCAUCAAGGAAUUCAUGCUAAUGAGAAACCCUAUAAAUGUAAGGAAUGUGGCAAGGCCUUUAAGUAUGGCUCACGACUAAUUCAACAUGAGAAUAUUCAUUCUGGCAAGAAACCCUAUGAAUGUAACGAAUGUGGAAAGGCCUUCAAUUCUGGUUCAAAUUUCAUACAACAUCAGAGGGUUCAUACUGGUGAGAAACCUUAUGAAUGUAAGGAUUGUGCCAAGGCCUUUAGUCGAAGUUCACAGCUGAUUGAACAUCAACGAAUUCAUACUGGUGAGAAACCCUAUCAAUGUAAGGAAUGUGGCAAGGCCUUCAAUAGGAUCUCACAUCUUAAAGUACAUUAUAGAAUACAUACUGGUGAAAAACCCUAUGCAUGCAAGGAAUGUGGGAAGACCUUUAGUCAUCGGUCUCAGUUGAUUCAACAUCAGACUAUUCAUACGGGCAAGAAACUCUAUGAAUGUAAGGAAUGUGGGAAGGCCUUUAAUCAAGGCUCAACUCUUAUUAGACAUCAGAGAAUCCAUACUGGUGAGAAACCCUAUGAAUGCAAGGCAUGUGGGAAGGCCUUUAGGGUGAGCUCACAACUUAAGCAACAUCAGAGAAUUCACACUGGAGAGAAACCCUACCAAUGUAGGGUUUGCGGUAGGGCUUUCAAACGGGUCUCACAUCUUACUGUACAUUAUAGAAUUCAUACAGGUGAGAAACCAUAUGAAUGUAAGGAAUGUCGAAAGGCCUUCAGUCAUUGCUCACAACUGAUUCAGCAUCAGGUAAUUCAUACUGAGGAAAAGUCUUGUAAAUACAAGGAAUGUGGGAGGACUUUACAUCAUGAUUCAGCUACUGUUCAACACCAGAGAAUGCAUAAUAAAGAAACACAAGUGAACAUAAUAAAUGUAGAAAAGCCUUCCAUUAGCACUUACCCUUUAUUAAUCAUCAGAGAAUUUAUGUUAGCAAGCAACCAUAUCAAUGGAAAUAAUGGGGAGAGCCCAUUAGCUUAGGCUAGUCCCAACUUCUUAUAUUUUGCAGAAAAACUUGAAGAAUGUAAUGCAAAUGGGAAUGCCUUCAUUCAAGCUAUCCUUUAUCCCGGGUCAUAAGAUUAAUAAUGGAAAAUUUUACAGAUAUAAAUUGUUUAGACCAUAAUUACUGAAGAAGCAAGGAAAGUUUGGGAAAAAAAAUUGUCUCUAACAUAUUACAGGAUCACAUUUUCUAACCACACUGUAAUAAUUUUAACAACAGCCAGAAGUUUUAAUUUUCUUGGCAAUUGAAAACAAAAAACAAAAAACCAGCCAAAUUACUCUUCGGUUCAACUUUUUUUUUUUUUUAAAUAGGCACCACACCCAGUGUGGGCCUCAAACUCUUGACCCUAAGAUCAAGAGUCAUAUGCUCUACUGACUAAGCCAGCCAGUACCCCAUUACUCUUGGGUUAAUAAUAAAUUAUGCAAAUUAUCAUGCAUGGUAAUGAAAAGAAUGACAAUUGAGAGAUUUACAUUCCAGGAGUUGCAGGAUGUGGCUAAAGUUACUCAGAAGAAUUUUUAUGGCUUUUAAGUGCAUGCAAAGCAUGAAAACCUGAAAGAUUAUUCUCAAAUAUAUUAAAUGUACUAUUCAAGAAGCCAGAAAAGACAAUACCAAACACUGAGGUGAUGAAAGAACAAAGGUACAAAAUAAAAAGAGAAAAUAAUGAAAUUAGAAAGUGAUUAUCUUAAAAUAAUCUGUUUUUAUUUUUUCCUGACCCAAGAAUAAACAAAAUUUAAGAUAAUACUUCUCAAUUUCUAUGUUGUUUUAGAUUAUCUUUCAUCACUUUUGUCACAAACAGAAGGGGCCGGUUGCCUACAUGGCAGCCAUACCCAAUUCCCCUUCCUACUGGCAGCAUCUGUGUCUUGCCUUAGACUCUGAAGAUAUCAGAUGCUAACUUUUCAGCAUCUUCUGCAGCUCAGGAUGGCUCCUAUGUUCCAGGGUAAGGCCAGUAUGUUCCAGGGAUCUGUAGGGGCUUCUGGGACAGAUUUUUCUCAUUCAGAAGAGACAGAUCUAUCAGGAAGACUCCAUCUCCUCUCAUCUGCUUUUAAACAUUCUCCUAUGAGAACAUAAUGCCUGGAGCUGUUGUAGCCUUGUUGGAACCAAAAGGAGAAAACCGAGGACCUCAGAGAAGCUGACCCAGAAUUACCAGGCCAAUUCUGGAACCGUCUCUGUGAAGCCUUGUUAUGUAAAAAAAAAAUAAACCUUUAUU